GUAUGUGCGCAGGUUGCAGUUUGCAGCUAUCUCCGCCCUUGCAUGAACCCAUCCCACCAGACCAGAUGAUGGGUCGUGAGUGCGUGCCAAAUCACUGGGCAGCAAUGCUCUAGUAUCUGGCUUUCAGCCCGCACGAGCCAGGAAGGGGUAAAGUGUAUGGACCCGAAACUGUCUGCAAGGGCGGACGAUCUCAGCCGACCACUGUGUCCCCGGGAUGGGAUGGGAUGGUUAUGCUGCGCGCGCGAGGUGCUCUGUCAUCGGGAUAUAUUACUCAGACCAAUGCUGGUCGGUAGAUAUCAAGAGGGACGGACAAUUGGGCAGCUGUUUGAAAAAUGUCUUGUUGAAACUUGCAAGUCGUUCCUGUUUAUUUUAUCACCCGUGUCCUCGCAUGUGGUAUGUGCUAACCACUGACCGACAGAGCAAGGGGUGACAGAUUCCCGACAAGAACGCAACAGAGUCUCAGAGAUACCCCGUACUAGUAAUAGCAUUUCGCUUGAAGGGAG